AGGAAUAGGGCUGUUCCAAUGUCUGUAGAGGAGAGAGACAGACAAGGCUUUUUUUCUGAAAUAAAACACAAAUUAUUCAGAAAGAAAAUGAUUGAACAGAAAAGGCUUGAGGAGGAAUGGAGCAGACGAGAGGAGGAGCUGAUAGAGAGGAUGUUGAAGGCUGUGGUUGACUCAGAGACAGAGGGAUCCACACUGCCAUUCAGGAAGAGGAGAAACAGCUUUCAAUUCCUUCCUCCUUCUUUGAGUGGAGGGACUCCAGCCCCCUCUGAAGCAGGCAGCUCUGUGUGGGAUUAUCUAUCUGCUCAUGAGGUUUCCAGUAAGAAGGUGUCAUGGUGGCUGAAAAGGAGGAAAUCAGUGAGUUCAGCAUCAUCUGGAUAUAGAACACGGAGUUCUGUAGUGAGUGAAGCAGAGGAGCCUGACAGGGUGACCCUGGAAGAGGACAGUAAAAUAGAAAGAAAACAGAAGAGCUUUGAGGAGGAAUGGAGCAGAAGAGAGGAGGAGCUGAUAAAGAGGAUGGCGAAGGCUGUGGUUGACUCAGAGACAGAGGGAUCCACACUGCUAUUCAGGAAGAGGAGAAACAGCUUUAAAUUCUUUCCUCCUUCUUUGAGUGGAGGGACUCCAGCCCCCUCUGAAGCAGGCAGCUCUGUGUGGGAUUAUCAAUCUGCUCAUGAGGUUUCCAGUAAGAAGGUGUCAUGGUGGCUGAAAAGGAGUAAACCAGAGAGUUCAGCAUCAUCUGGAUACGGAACACGGAGUUCUGUAGUGAGUGAAGCAGAGGAGCCUGACAGGGUGACUCUGGAAGAGGACAGUGAGAGGCUUGAGAAGGAAUGGAGCAGAAGAGAGGAGGAGCUGAUAGAGAGGAUGUUGAAGGCUGUGGAUGACUCUGAGACAGAGGGAUCCACACUGCCAUUCAGGAAAAGAAGAGGAAGUUUUGAUUAUCUUCCUCCUUCCUUGAGUGGAGGGACUCCAGCCCCCUCUGAAGCAGGCAGCUCUGUGUGGGAUUCCCAUCCAGCUCAGAAACUUUCCAGUAAGGUGUUAUGGUGGCUGAAAAGGAGUCAACCAGGGAGUUCAGCAUCAUCUGGAUACGGAACACGGAGUUCUGUAGUGAGUGAAGCAGAGGAGCCUGACAGGGUGAUACUGGAAGAGGACAGUAAAAUGGAAAUAAAACAGAAGAGCUUUGAGGAGGAAUGGAGCAGAAGGGAGGAGGAGCUGACAGAGAGGAUGUUGAAGAUUGUGGUUGACUCGAAGAGAGAGGGAUCCACACUGAAGAGGAGGAACAGCUUUUAGUUACUUCUUCCUUCUCUGAGUGGAGGGACUCCAGCCCCCUCUGAAGCAGGCAGCUCUGUGUGGGAUUAUCAAUCUGCUCAUGAGGUUUCCAGUAAGAAGGUGUCAUGGUGGCUAAAAAGGAGCAACCCACAGAGUUCAGCAUCAUCUGGAUACGGAACACGGAGUUCUGUAGUGAGUGAAGCAGAGGAGCCUGACAGGGUGACCCUGGAAGAGGACAGU